GGCUUCAAGCAGCUGUCAUUUGUACUAAUUUGAAAAUGUAAUACAGUUAAUAAUAUGAAAUAUAAAUAGAUCAGAAAUCAAGCGUAAAAUGCAGGUCAAGUGAAAAUCAAACCAAAUUUCCACCUCUAUGACCAUAACCUUAAAGACCAUAGUACGUUUGACUCGCUACAGCAGAAUGAAGCUAUAUAAUUUGUUACAGUAGCUUAAACAAUACAUGGAAAUAAAAUAGAACCGGAUCUCGUAUGCAUGCAACAAGAUGUCGGACGACUGUCCAAAUAGAAAGUAUGAGAGGGAGUACAUUGACAAUUCGGACAUAGUUAUUGAAAAAUUAAAGAAACAAGCGAGACGUUACAGAGUCGUAGAAAGUCGAUACAAUGCUAAAGAGAGCAUCCUGGGGAACCCGUGCCUGGACAUCGAGUGGCACACGGCGCCGCUACCCAAGCAGUGUUACUGCCCCGUCGAACCUUGCAUUUGCACAUCGCAUUUGCUCAAGCAAGGAAAUUUACCUGAUUCCAUACCCGUCGAUACUUUUAGAAAGGCGACCAAGGAACCAGAUGGGACGCUCAUCCCGCGGCUGGCGGCGGCCGUCGAGGCUGAGGUCGAGAUCUCGAAGCAGCUGGCCCAAUGCGGACAGCUGAAUAACAGAGGGCCGGAGUUCUGCGCGUCACACUGCCCCGCCUUCCUCACACCGGUCAAAGAGAGCGGUUUCUAUGCACAGAAGAGAAAACUGAUAGAAAAAUAUAUAAAAGAUAAUAAACUGGAGAAAAAAAUGCAACGUUUGCUGAAUUUAAAAACAAAUGAUACAAUGCUACCGAAAUCCGCAUCUAAGAAGAUUUUACAAAAGCAAAUUGAAGAGUUUCCUGAAAUAAUUAUACCUAAAACUGUAGUUUUACCUCGUCCCGUUGUACGAAGAAAGAAGUUGACAGAAAAAGAGGAAGUUGAGGAACUUGAAGAAAUUCUUGGAAUAGAACCUCGGAAAGAGGGGCAGCAGGAAAUGUUGCUACGAUCAGAUUCUCUAAGCUCCAGUAAGGAACGACCAGGCAGCAGCCGGACAUCCGCAAUAACGCCCAAACGGGGAGCGGAACCCGGUCGCAGACCAUCUUGCGAUUCUGAAACCAUACAGCCUACAGAAUCAGAACUCAACCGGGCUUACAAUAAAAUACGGACAUUCAAGCUCAAACAUUUGUGCGAGGAAGACUCAAUGCCGUCGUUUUCACCAACAAAACGAAUGGUUGAACUCAAACCGAGGGCAAAAUCUAAUCGAAUACAAGAAUGCGUAGCCGAUCCUGCAGAGAUUGCCGAAAGAGAGAAAGCCUGUGAGGAGGAUCCGAGACGAACUUUCAAACCGGAAGCGAAACAAGUAUCAUCUCUAUACGAAUGUAAACCCAGACGUAUAUCCGAACCAGAUUUACUUUCCGAACCAAAGAAAAUAUUGCAAGAUGAACCGAAACGGAUAUCUGAACCUGAGCUAAGACGGAUAUUUGAACCCAGACGAAUGUCUUUGGAUGAUUCCAGAUUGACAACUGGGCCUCAAAUUAAACGAUCGCCCGAAUCCAAGCGAAAGCCCGAAAAUGAAUCCGUUAUAAUGGCCGAUGCGCGACUUAAUUCUGACGUUGAAACUAAACAGUCGAUCGAACUUAAAUCUGACGAUAAGCCUAAACCCUAUCCUUGCAAAACAAAACCAACAUCUGGACACUCUCUUGGACAGACAACUGAACCCAAUAGAACGGCAGAUCAUGAUCUCAGACAGACGUCCCAUCACGAACAGACACAUGAUCUCGAGUCAAAACAGACUAACGAAGCCGCAAAUACGUCAAAACUUGGAGGGAUAAACAAACGCGAAUCCAAACGGACUGCCGAUCGCAAACCGAUACCUAAGAACGAAUCUAAACGAACAUUCGGAUACAGAAGAUCGGCUAAGAAGGAAUCUAAGCCGAUCUGUGAACCAAUACUAUCAUCGGAGGUUAAGAGUGGGGGUAAACCUGAACCUCGCACCUCUGAAUUCAAAAAAUUGUUUGAAACUAAACGUAAUAUUUCCAAAUCCAAACAAAUAUCUGAGAACGAACGUAAAAGUGUACUCGAAGUCAAAAAACCGCCUGUCGAUGAAUCCAAACGGCAGCCAGAGUCCAAGAAAACCGUCGAGGAACCGAGACGAGUUAAAGAACAGCGACGGACAGCUAAGGACGCUUCAAAAUAUACAUCUAGAGGUGAACUGAAACAAACCUCCGAUGCCCGACGGACGCCCGAUCUCGGCUCCAGGCAGACGUCGGAACUCAAACAACCGUGUGGAGCCAUCGCGAUCGCCAACCUCGCGUCAGCGCAUCCGUCGCGGUCGUCCAUGCCGAGCCGGAUGUCUGCUGGGUCUGGUCACUCGAAGCGUAGCGCAAAAAGUGAUAAAUCUUCGUGCGAUGACAAUGAAGAUAAAGGACACGACAAGCGAUCCGAUAGCGCUCGGACAGCCUCGGCAGCAUCCUCCAGAGUUGCAUCCGCCAACCAGUCGAAUAAACCUUGUCCAUGUUUUGAAGAUGAAACAGAUAAUUCAAAUUCGCGUGGAAGACGUCCAGGUAAAAAUGAGAACUGCUUGUGCAAGGCAAAGGAGUGUUUGGAGAAAUUUGGACCGAACUCUAGCGGAGGCAAAGGCCCCAUCGGUCGUACGUGUCAUUCUGUUAUUUAACCUGUAAUCGUUUUAACCUCAAAAUUCAUGCAUUGUUUAAAAUAUAUUUCUUAUUCAAAUGAAAAAUAUAGCAACAAAUAAAACAAAAUCAUA